CCCUUGUAACUUUUUUGAGGGAGAAUACAGGGUCUAAGAGAAAAGGAAAGGAGUUGGCGGGAGUGCGGGGUUCGUGUGGAAAGCGGCGUUGAAAAGUUUUGCAAGGGGCGUGACUGACGGUUGGUUUCCUGGGAAGCGGAAAAGUCUUCUCGUUGUUGUCCAUGAAUCGGGGAGCGAGAGGGGCUGGGGGAAGCGACCCGUGCACAACCGCUGUACCAAGCUUUGGCCAUGUGGCUCUUCUUGGCAGUGGUGCUGGGCCUCUACCUCCUGUUCAGGUGGCAUCGUGACAAGCAGAUCUUAAGCAACUUGACAGAGAAGUACGUCUUCAUAACAGGCUGUGACUCCGGAUUCGGAAACCUACUGGCCAGACAGUUGGACGCUCGGGGACUUCGUGUGUUGGCAGGUUGUUUCACACCUCAGGGAGCAGAAAAACUACAGGAGCAAGCAUCGGGACGACUGCAAACCACUCUCUUGGAUGUCUGUAGCACUGAGAGCGUAGCAAAUGCCACAGAAUGGGUCAAAGGCCAGGUUGGAGACAAAGGACUCUGGGGGUUGGUGAACAAUGCAGGUGUCUCUGUCCCAUCUGCUUUCAAUGAGUGGCUGACCAAAGAUGAGUUUAAGAAGGUCAUGGAUGUCAACUUCUUUGGGGUGGUGGAUGUGACGAAACACAUGUUGCCUUUACUAAGAAAAGCCAGAGGGAGGGUGGUCAACAUGGCCAGCGUCCUUGGAAGGUUAUCCGUCGGUGGAGGUGGCUAUUCUACUUCAAAAUAUGCAGUUGAGGCUUUCUCGGACAGUAUCAGACGUGAGAAUUGUUUCUUUGGAAUCAAAGUCUCCAUUAUAGAGCCAGGCUUCUUCAAAACUGCUAUCACCAGUGAAAAGAUCUUGACUGACAGCUUCAUGCGCUGUUGGGAACGGCUGCCAGACGAGACCAAGAGAUUAUAUGGGGAACCUUUCUUACAGAGAAAUCUCAAAGUACUAUCUAUGAUGCCAAAGUUCUGCAGUUCAGACCUCUCACUGGUGACCAACUGCAUGGAACACGCUGUGACUGCAGUUCACCCUCGCACUCGCUACUCAGCUGGCUGGGACGCUAAGCUCUUUUACAUCCCUUUGAGCUACAUGCCAACAUGGGUGCCAGACAUGCUGUUCUACUGGAUUUGUCCAAAACCAGAACAGUGCAAGUAGGGGUGCCAGACCAGUCACUGUAAACAGUAGUGUUUGCAAAGGGGCUGAAAAAAUCUCAUCAGUGUGAUGCUCUAGAAAUAUUACCUACAUUUGGAGAAACUUAUUUUUAAAAUUGUUUUAAAGAUUUUCAUUCAGGUAAGAGGUGUUAUGGAAGGAGGUUAGGGGGUCUUCUUUUGGCGCCCUUUUUCAUAGGAUAUGACAAUUUUGCUUUCAAACUAUCGUCCACAUCAUCUUUGUGCUUUUGGGUGGGUGAGGGGUUGUUGGACAAGCACCCUGACAUUUUCCCCAAAGCUUCCUUACAGCAACCACACAUGACUGGCUGUUCUAGCACUGCGCUAUAGUAUUUUUUUUUGCAAAAAGUUGUUUUGUCCCCACAAAAAAAAUCUAGUUGUGAACGCCAGCUUAUAGUGCAAUGAACGCCUGCUUAUAGUCAAUAGAUUGGCCUUUGGACGCUGGGGGAAAAACCCAGUGAGCCAAUGGUCAGAUACAGUCCCAGGUUCAAAAUCAGCCAUUGAUAAAUUCAUGCAUACCAGCUCAGUGCAGUUACAUUGAUUGGUCCUACCUCUCCCCUCAUGCGCUGCGUUGGUGUAGUGGUUUAGACUGCUGGUUCUAAUCUGGAGAAUCAGGUUUGAUACUCCAUUUUCCCCAAAAGGUUGCUGAGUGCCCUUGGGCCUUUUGCAGUUCUCUCAGAACUCUCUCAGCCCCACCUACUUCACAAGGUUUCAAUUGUGGGGAAAAGAAAAGAAAGCCGCUUUGAGAUUCUUUAAGAUAGAGAAAAGCAGGGUAUAAAAACCUACUCUCCUGCUACUUUGUAAAGCAUGUACAAGCUGAAAGCCUGCAAGGACAUUCCCUUCCCUCCAAAAUCUUUCCUUCCAGGGUCUCUCAGCUCUUGAGGGUUUUAGCAGAUUUCCUUUUUCUACUCUUUCACUUAACAGACUCUCCCCUGCUAUCAGCACCCUUUGCUUUUUGAAGCAGAUUCUGUCUUCACCAAGCCCUGCUUUAGGGUUUUUGCUGUUGUUGUUUUUUUUAAUAAUUUUCUAAGAUCAAAUGUUGGGAAAUUCCACAAGUAGAAAAAUCCCCUCCACUAUCUGCAUGUGAAACAGUUUGUGGUGCUUUUGGGAAUGCUGGUGUUGCAAAUUGUAUGCAUAUAUGUUCAUCUUAUUAAAAAUGUGCAAGAAAAUUCCUUGAAAGUGACUGGGGGAUGGGAUCUGUGUUGGUGAGGUCACAGGUGUUAGCCAACCCGUACCAUUUUUUCCCUGCUUCAAAUAAAACACUGUGCAGAA